AGGAAAGAACAGAGGAAGAAACAGAACCCAAAUUCGUUGGGGAGCAAAAUUAUCAGACUAUCAUGGCGACGACGUCGUUCGCUGUACAUCCAAAGCAGCCCAUUCCUUCUCAAGGAAAGAGAUGCAAAUAUGUCGGCCAGUCUGUGAGAGCAUUACCAAUCCGGAUAUUGACGGUGGGAAAGAAGAGGUCACCUGGUGUUCAACUGAUAGUAGAUGAUUAUCUUGAAAAGCUAAGGCAUUACUGUUGUGUUGAUGAUGUGCGGAUCAAAUCCAAUCCCAAAAAUGCUCGUGAUGUGAUCGCUCAGAUUGAACACGAGGGCAUAUCUGUGAUGAGUGUAAUCAGGUCCGACGAUUGGGUUGUAAUUCUAGAUGAGCGAGGACUUGAUGUGUGCUCUGAGCAGAUGGCUUCUUUAAUUGGGGAUGCCGGGAACAUGGGAGCAUCGAAUUUGGUAUUCUGCAUAGGUGGACCUUAUGGACAUGGACGACAAUUACAAGAGCGGGCUAACCUAUCAAUCAAGUUAUCGUCUUUGGUCUUCAAUCAUGAGAUCGCAUUAGUUGUACUGGUAGAACAACUUUACAGGGCAUGGACGAUUCUCAAAGGACAAAAUUACCAUCAUUAGAUAUGCGGUUCUUGAAUGUGAGCGGGCUACCUAUGCUGAUGGCAUUAGUUUCACCAGGGAUUUUUGUAGACUAUUUAGUUUUAGCUCAACUAUGGAAGAUGGGAUUCAAGAUGAAAAAACAUUACAUUCAUUAUUGAGAAGAUGAAACAGUAGAGAGCUGAGGGAGAAAAAAGAUUGGCUUCUUGCAUAGGGCAUAAGUGCAUAACAGAUAGGCAAAAUUUGGUUACUGGCAAAGGUGGCUCUGCUUCAUAUUGUAAUAUGCACCAUCAAAACAAACACUGAUGCUUUUUCUGCAGAUUCUUGUUUGUAGUAUAAUUCUUGCAAAGAUUAAAAUAGAUUGUGUUUGUCCAAUCAUAUUCUGCAGCUCAAGUAGCAAAUUUUAAAUA